ACACCACAGGCGCAGGCCGAUCAGAUCCCGCACACGCGACGCGAGGCGGCUCGCUCCCCUCGCGGCCAGCCCACACCGGCGCCUAGAUCCCGAUCCGCCCAAAUUCCAUUCCCGAUACCUCGACCUCGCCCCCGCCUCCGCCAUGGCGGACUGCCGCAGCCUCAUCGAGUUCCUCCGCGCCUUCGAGCACCGCCGCCGCGCCUCCGCGGCGGCCGGCGGCUCCCCCUCGCCGUGUGCCCGCCCCCGCCGCGCGGCCUCCUCCUCCUCCUCAUCGCCAUCGUCGCGGGGAAAGCUAUUCACCUCGCUCUGCGACAACCCGCCCCCGACCGCCGCCCUCGACGCGCUCGCCCUCCUGGCCGUGCUCGGCGCGCUGGCCUUCCUGGCCGCGCCCUACGCCAGGCUGCUGGCCCGCGAGGCCGCGGACCUGGUGCGGCAGUACCCGGAGGAGCCUUACUCGUACGUGGCCUUCGCCGCCGGCGCCGGCGCCGCGGUCGCCGCCGUGGCGGGGCUGCUCGCGUGGGAGGCGGCGGGCCACCACGCGCGCAAGUGCGGCAGGCCCCGCUGCCGCGGCCUGCGCAAGGCCGUCGAGUUCGACAUCCAGCUCGAGACGGAGGAGUGCGUGCGCGGGAGCGGCAGGCUGCUGCCGCCCGGCGGCCACGCCAAGACGCUCCUCGCGGCCGCCGGCUCCGCCGCGCGCCUCGUCGAGCUCGGCGAGGAGCACCGGGAGCUCGAGGCGGAGCUCAGGAAGAUGGCGCCCCCCAACGGCCGCUCCGUGCUCAUCUUCCGCUCCCCCUGCGGCUGCGCCAAGGGCAGGAUGGAGGUCUGGGGCGCCAAGAAGGUGCGCCGGAUCAAGAAGUAGUAGUAGCAGCAUGAGUGGAUGACACCAGCGCUUACUGCUCUCCAUAAUAAACUACAGUAGUUUUCUAGUUAUCACAUAUAGUACUCUAUAAUACAGUGCUCUUGCACUUGUGGCAAGUAUAGUUGAGAAUAAGGAGAGGAACAAAGGAAUAGAUGCAUGUCUUCUUAUAUCACUUGUGAUGCACAUCACACCCCAAGAUUAUACAUAGCUUUGCUCUUUCAUUUGCAGUUUUUAAUUGAAUUAUGCAAUAAGUGACUCUUGCCUUGCCUGA